CAUUGCAUGAACAUUGCUGCCACCCUUUGAUCGAGAUCUUAAUUAAUCAUGUCAACAUUAGCAGAAAGAAGAAGCAUUUGAGAUUCUCUUUGUCUCCAUGGAUUGAUAUGCAUAUACAUAUAUAUAACUUGGGAGCAGAUGCCUAGUAUUUCAGUGAAAAUUGCAAGAAACGUUGAUUCAACAAAUAGGCUUCUUUGCUCAGAACAAAAACAAUGGCAGCCACUCGAUCCAACAGUUUCCCCCGCUCAUCUAGACAACACCCACUAGCAACAGAAGUUAAUGAGCAUUUGAAUAGAUUGAGGGCUUCUAAAGAGGCAUCUACUUCAUCAUCAUCAAUAAGCCAUAAACUAAAUGGCUUUCAAGAUUUGUACGACUGUGUUGUUAAGUUUCUUCAGUUGCCUCUGUCCCACCAUGCUUUAGCCCACGAAUGUGCUGAUGAGUUGUUGGAUGGUUCUCUUAGACUCCUCGACCUUUGCAGCACUGCAAAAGAUAUUGUGAUGCAAACAAAAGAAAGCGCAAGUGAACUUCAAUCGGCUUUGCGUCGAAGGAAAAUCGGUGAAGCCGAGAUCGCAAGUGAAGUGAGGAAAUACAUGAGCUCCAGGAAAGUUGCCAAAAAGACUAUCCACAAGGCAUUGGGAAACUUGAAGGUCAUACAAAGGAAAAACACAGUCUCACCUUCAGAAACAGUUAGCAUGCUGAAGAAGAUUGAAGCAGUGACUUGUUCUAUGUUUGAGGAUUUGUUAUCUCUCAUCUCCGGACCAAAGCCUGGAAGUUGGUUAUCAGUUUCGAAACUAUUGCAUCAAAGAAGAAUAGCGUGCGAAGAUGCUGGAAGAAACGUGAAUGAAUUUGAAAAGGUUGAUGUUGCUUUGAAAUCCUUCGGAAUAACCAAAUCUGAGAUCAUAAAUCUUGAGAUGCAAAACCAGCUAAAAGACCUGGAGCUGUUUAUUCAAGAUCUUGAAGAUGGACUUGAAUGCCUCUUCAGGUGUAUGAUCAAAGCAAGAGUCUCGCUUCUUAACAUCCUUACCCUGUAAAAAACCAAACCCAAUUUUGGAUUACAUCAUGUAUAGAAAUCAAAUAUACAUACAUACAUACAUACAUAUAAAUGAAAUACUCUUUUCCAUUUCCAUACG